CUUCAGAGUCUCCAAAUAAUUCAAACUCUUUUGUGAAUUUAUUUAUAUUUAUGCGUUUAACAAACUCAAAUAACAUUUUAAGUUUCAGUGAAUUCCUCAAACCUGAUGUAUGCUCGGCAGACAGUGGAAUUUAGUGUAAAGGGUCCAGUUUCUCUGAUUCUAGAUGAAGAGCAGAUCGCUUUGCCAGGUUGUGCAAUUUUGGAUAUAAACUUCACCCGCCCAUCACAGAUAGGGGAGUUGGUUUUUCGAAACUACUACACGGCAUGGGUCAGUGUCCUGGUGCGCUACGAUGGUGCAGCCACUGGGCAGAAGGAGCCAGGGUGGAAGGUAGCAGUCAUGAAGAAGAUGUUGAUGCCCUCCCCUCACCAUGAGAAUGGUAGCCAGGAUAUAGUAUCUGUUGCUGCUACUGAGAGUUUACUUCGAUGGCGAAAGGUACUGGCUAUGAGAUUGGUUUUACGUCAGCCAUCUCCUGAGUGGAGGGUAUUUCAUGUUGAGGAACUCAAUGUUUAUGGAGACUUGCCCAGGCUUGCUCCAACUACAACCAACAGUCCAUUUGAGAAAUAUGAUAAACUUCUGGAGUUGGUUAGACACCAAACACUGAAAGCUCUGCAUUGGACACCUCUACCACUUCCCACAGACUCUUCACAGGCAAGGGGAGAACCUGCAAGUGUCUUGCCUAAGAACACAUGCUCUGCAUAUGAAAUCACAAAAUUACCUCAAACUUAAUAGCUUACUUAGAACUGUAUUGCCUACUUUAACCAACAAGAAACUCUCAAUCAAUUUCAUUUACUAAUACUUAAAAUAUUUGGAAGUUAGACUAAAACCAAUAAAUUUUUAAUCUUCUCAGAUAAGUAUAAUGUUUGUUUCUAAUUAUAUCCCUCCAGAGGAUGUAAAUAUGUGUGCCUACAUUGCAGGGUUGGUACAAGACUAUAGAUUGCAGAAGUAUGAAUAUUUACAAGAUAAAAGUUUAUUAAGAUAAUGUAGUAUUACAGUAAACAGUAAUUAUGUUAAUUUUAUUUUAUACAAUCUCUCCGUACAAUCACCUAACUCUCCCAAAAACAGGUUUGAAAAUUGUUUUAAAUUUACGAUACAAUGACUUUUAUAGAUAUGAAUUUUAAACAUACAAAAACCUCACAAAGUUUCAUGAAAUUCCUAAAUAGAAAUUUUAAAACUUAACAAUACUGUCUCAUAGAGGUUUAUACAAAUUACCAACUUAUGCAGGUGCAAGAUUUUAUGAAUACCUGCCACUUAAGAUUAGACCUAACAUAAAAUGUUUAAGUAAACCAAAAACAAAACUAAAAACAUUUGUAAUUCUUAUUUAUUUAUUUGAUAAUUAAAAUUGACAUUUUCUUAUAAACAUAAUUCUCAAAUUUAAGAUGUACGAACAUUUAAAAAAUAUAUAGGUACUUCUUCUCAUGUAAUAACACCAUGCAUUAUACGUGUUUGUGCAAGUACUAAAUAAAGAUAUCUUGACUCUGACAUUGAUACUGUAAGGCCAAUUAAAAUAAACAAUAGGUGAACUCCCGUUCUUAUUGGAGGUCUAAUGUUAUUGAUCUAUAAUUAAUCAAAAUUACAUGUCUGUUCUGUUCAUACAGGUAUAUUGGAACUUAGGCAUAAAAACUUAAAAAUAAAUUAAUACAAGUAUUUUUUAUUAAAAAUUCAUAACAGUGAAAUGAUAUUACCAAAAAUUAAUAUGUCAAAUUUUGUAAUACUUUUAAUAAUAAAACGGUUAGUCGUUUUUGUGAAAUUUCACUAUAUACUAUACUAUACUAUAUACUAUACUAUACUAUACUAUAUACUAUAUCUGACUCCUCUCAAAUAUUUUUUUAGCUGAAUGAAAUGCAAUAAUGUAAUGUAGGCUACAUAUAACACUGUAACAUUCGUAAAUUGAAUGCAUUUAAUAAAAAUAUAUUAAUAAGUAUAAAAUAUAA